AUGGAUCUGCUUCAUCAUGAACACUUGAAGAAUUCAUCCCAUGGAUUUCCCGACUGGGUGCUCAACAAAGAGUCGUCGUUUCCUUCUUCAGGCCAGAUAUCAACUGUUGAUGACCACGAUAGUCGAAACGGUUGUGAUAUGUCGGAUGCCGCCUUGAGAUUUAUCGACCAGAUUCUCAUGGAAGAGGACACGGACGAUGGGACCCACACUCUCCAAGAGUCGUCACAUUUUCAGGAGACCGAGAGAUCCUUCUACGAUGUGCUCAGAAAAAAAUACCCCCCUUCACCGCAGCAAGAGUCGUCCCAGCUUUAUGCCGAUCAUCACUAUAGUUGGACGAGCGGAACACUAAUUGAUGUUGUCCGCGAAAGCCGGUUCAAAACUCCCACGGAUCACAUUGUUCCGUCCAACUCCUCCAUUAGCCCGUCGAGUGGCUUGUAUAGCGUCGUAAAGCAUAAAAGAUCUAUUGGCAGGAGUGAAGUGGUUAAGGAUUUUAAAGAAGGGGUCGCGCGCGUGGCUAAUUCUGUCCCGAGAAAAGGUAAAAUAUUGCACAUUAUCGAAGUCACGAUUCAAAAUCCUCCGGAAGGUGAAAAUAAAGUGGUAAAACCGGGCGAAGAUCGAGCAAGAACCACCAAGAAUCCCCCAGUUUUUACGGAGUCCGACAUCCCCUUAGAAGAAUUCGACAAGCUCUUGCUCUCUACACUCGAUGACCGUGAGUGA